AUGUGCAAGAUCACAAUUCCGGAAACCCGUCACCAUCACGUUGUGACUCCUCACGUCCCGCGGGACCAGCAAAGCCUGCAUUCUGCGACAUCGACUGCGAGCGUCAAUGUCCAGAGACAAUUCGGCAGUCCCGCUCAGCCUGGCGUCGCAUCGAACGAGGACUCUUUGAGCGGGAUUGAAGAUGGCGGACAAUCGAUCGGAAGCCUCGAAGACGCUGCGUUUGCUGCGAUGGACAUGUACGAAGCUGAACUCACUCCACUGAUAGACGCGAAACGGUGCGCGAGGCAGGUGGCGGAGUGCAAGCGAUCAGACAUUAAGCAGCUGAGGACGGUUAUCGGCAAACAUGGGCGGCCUUCAGAGAGUCAUUUGAAGCAGCUGAACGCGCUGAGAAGGGAGUAUCUUGAAGCCUGUCACACUAUAAAGACCCUUGUAAGACGCGCCGAUAUUGCGAAGAAGCGCGCAGUAGCGGGUUUGGUAGAGGAAGCACAGAUAUUGCACUGUUCAUGGGGCGAGGAUAUCAGUAUCCCAUCUUUCGGCGACUAUGAAGCGGCAGCGACGUUUCUUUCGCAUCAAUACGCAGAUAGAGGAACCAUGGCAUUUACCCCUUCGAAAGCCACCGAACUCGCCAAUCUGCAAGCAGUAGUCGCUACCUGUCAGUCUCAAGUAGUGCGAACCACCGAGCCGCCAACACACGACGCUCACCAGAUUAGAGCGGUGGGUAGUAAAGCGCCCGUAGCGCGACAAGAGCAGUCUACCCAGAUGAUUGGACUACAACAGCGUGAACUCCAUGACGGUAGUAGCCGUGAUGAUAUCGCUAAGACCAACUGCGAUGACUGGACCAUGGAUCAAAACGCCCUUACUAAAGCGGCAAGCAUUCUAGUUUCCCCAGCCCAGUCGCCUAGCGUACAGGAAACGGACCAAGAGCGCGAGAGAACAGAGGAACACCAUCUAGAAAAGAUGACACCCGUGGAGAUAAACGUGUCAAACUACGUUACGCGAGAUCGAUCUCGAAGAGCGCCCGCCACUGCGGACGCAACGAGGGUAGAAGCUCCGAACGGAGAUUGUUCAGAAAGAUCGGAGGAUAGACGACGUUCGUCGUUCUUCGAGAGUGCAUACCACUUCCCAAGUUCAGAUGGAUCCAUCGUGUACAAUGUACCGAGCUCAGACGGAUCCGUCGUGAUCGAACCGACCGACGAACCUGUAGCGAUCCCAAUCGAUCCAUGCACAGUAGCCUUUGAUAAUCUCAAGCGAUGGGAAUUGGAACACUGGGACCGAAAGAAUGACCUAGAAAAGCAUCUUGGAACAUACACCAGCCAAUUCGCUCAGUACUGCGAAUCCAAUCCAACUUCUCGCCCAAAGUGGCUGGCAGACGCCUUCGGACAAGAGUACAACAAGCGUACUAGAAAUUUGACCCUGUUGUUGACAGAAGCAGAAGAACGUCUUCGCUCAGCUCGCCUCGAUGCAAAGAAUGCAGGUGUUCCAAAUCCCAAUUCGCCCGAUCAAACCUCCGACUUUUUUUCAAACCCGAACGAUGGACCCGACCAGGAGGUCGCAAAGUUACUCAUCGAUUCAUGCGAUCAUGAGCGCAUUCUAGAGUGGCAGAAGGCCCCUGUGAAAGCGAAGAAGAUGGAAUUGUCUGAGUUCAAGUUCGCGACAUCAGGAGCUGAGGUAGACACCUGGAGCAGUUUGUCCGCGAGAGGUAGCCCUAGUAAGCGAAGGAAGAUCGAUGUGAACUUUCAAUGGGUCAAAUCGGAUCCGGAUCUUGUCAGCGAUGAGAGCGAUCGGUCGCGGCCACGGAAAAAACCGGAACGUUGGAACAGGCGACGCGCCAAGUCAGAGACAGCGUGUGUGAGGAAGCCGCUGUUCCUGUUCUCUGGUAUCCUGCCGGGUGAUGACACUAAUUACCAGUUCAGUUUUACCCAUCCUCUGCUGGAUGACACUGUUUGGGCCAAGGUAGAAGAAUGGGACGACAUUAUUAUAGUGGACGAUUGA